GGCAUCUUUAGUCACUAUCUUUUCUCAGAAUAUAUAACACACUUUCUCAAAAUUAGAUAUAUAACAUGUCUUGGACACGAGAAGAGAACAGACGUUUUGAGGAUGCUCUUGCGGUACAUGGCCCCGAUGACCCCAACAGGUGGUCACAUGUAGCCAACGCAGUUGGUGGAAAAUCCAUAGAAGAGGUGAAAAAGCACUACGAGAUCCUCAAGGAGGAUGUCAUUCGUAUAGAGCGUGAUCAAAUACCACUACCCAAGUACAGAGGUGCUGACAUCAACGGAAGCAGGCGAAUGAAGAAUCUAAAUCUUCAGUGAAGCAAAGACUAUAAGAGCUGUGGAGUUACUACUUUCUACCUCAGUUGAAAGCAUAUGCAAUAGUAUACGUAACCGCAUCUUGCUUGCAAUUUAUGUGCUAUGUAUUUCUUUUCCUGUUAUAUAUAUUCACCAAAUUGUAAUUUGU